AUGGGCGGUGACAGCCACCCCGGUCCCUGGGGUAGGGUGUGUGCCCGUGGUCUCCUGACCCUGAGGAUGCUGGCGAGGAGCAAUGGUCUGCACAGCUCCCCAGCCAACCACCAGCCCAAGGGUGACACGGAGGGGACAGGGCUCAGCACCAGCAGGACCUGCUCAGCCCAGGAUGACACCAGCUCGGAGCUGCAGAGAGGAGCCAGCCUGGAUGGGGGGGAGCAGAGGGCUGACCAUGCUUUCCAAGGCCAGGGAGCCUUGGCCAGGGUAGUUCAGCUGGUGCUGGUGCUCAGGAGCUGGGCCAACAAGAGCCUGCAGGAGGAGCAGCAGAGGCCAGACCCCUUCCUGGAGCGUUUUCAAGGCCCCGAGCUCCUGACAGUGGCUGCAGGUGCUGGCGACGAACUUGAGGAUGAGGAGGCUGAGAAGUUAAACAAAAGGAGGAAAUGGCAGUUCUUUGUGGUGGACCCUGCAGGGGACGGGUAUUACCACUGGCUGGCUGUGAUUGCAGUUCCUGUCCUCUAUAACUGGUGCUUGCUCGUAGCCAGGGCUUGCUUCACUGACCUGCAAAAGACCUAUUUUGUGCUGUGGCUGGUGUUGGAUUACAUCUCAGAUGCUCUCUACCUCGGGGACACAGUGAUCCGCCUGCACACAGGAUUCUUGGAACAGGGCCUCCUGGUUAAGGACCUGAAGAAGUUACGGGAUAACUACAUCCACACGCUGCAGUUCAAGCUGGAUGUUCUCUCCACCCUGCCCACAGACCUGGCCUAUUUUUUGGUGGGAUUGCACUGCCCCGAGCUGCGUUUUAACAGGCUGCUGCGCUUCUCCCGCAUGUUUGAGUUCUUCGAUAGGACCGAGACCAGAACCAGCCACCCAAACAUCUUCCGCAUCAGCAACUUGGUUCUUUACAUCCUGAUUAUCAUCCACUGGAAUGCCUGCAUUUACUAUGCCAUCUCCAAGGCCAUAGGCUUCGGGGAGGACAGCUGGGUCUAUCCCAAUGUCACAGACCCUGAGUACGGCUCUCUGACCCGGGAGUACGUCUACUGCCUUUACUGGUCUACGCUGACUCUGACCACCAUCGGGGAGACGCCUCCCCCUGUGCGGGAUGAAGAGUACCUCUUUGUGAUCUUCGAUUUCCUCAUCGGCGUCCUCAUCUUCGCCACCAUCGUGGGGAACGUGGGCUCCAUGAUAUCCAACAUGAACGCCACCAGGGCGGAGUUCCAGGCCAAAAUCGAUGCCAUCAAGCACUACAUGCAGUUCCGCAAGGUGAGCAAAGACCUGGAAACCAAAGUCAUCAAGUGGUUCGACUACCUGUGGACCAACAAGAAGGCAGUGGACGAACGGGAGGUCCUCAAGAACCUCCCUGAUAAGUUGAGGGCAGAGAUUGCCAUCAACGUUCACCUGGAGACACUGAAGAAGGUGAGGAUUUUCCAGAACUGCGAGGCAGGGCUGCUGGUGGAGCUGGUGCUGAAGCUUCGCCCUCAGGUGUUCAGCCCGGGGGAUUACGUGUGCCGCAAAGGGGACAUCGGGAAGGAGAUGUACAUCAUCAAGGAGGGCAAGCUGGCCGUGGUGGCGGAUGAUGGGAUGACACAGUACGCUUUGCUCACUGCAGGGGGCUGCUUUGGUGAGAUCAGCAUCCUCAACAUCAAAGGGAGCAAAAUGGGCAACAGGCGCACAGCCAACAUCCGCAGCUUGGGCUACUCUGAUCUCUUCUGCCUGUCAAAGGAAGAUCUCAUGGAAGCAAUCACAGAGUACCCUGAUGCCAAAAGGAUCUUGGAGGAGCGUGGCAGGGAGAUCCUAAUCAAGGAAGGGCUGCUGGAUGAGUCAGCUGCAGAGGAAAGCACAGAAGGGAAGAGCAUGGAGGAGAGGCUGGACAGGGUGGCCUCAAACCUGGACACGCUGCACACCCGCUUUGGCCGGCUCCUGACUGAGUACAACGAUGCCCAGAUGAAGCUCAAGCAGCGCAUCACUGCUCUGGAGUCCAAGAUGAGGCAGGAGGAAGUGGAGGAUUUCUUCUCUGAUAGCUCAGACAGUCUGGCCUUUUCUCAGGUCCUUGGCGCUGCUGCUGGCACUGCCUUGAUGGCAGCCCCUGAGGUGGCUCCAAAUCAGGGGAUUGCCCUGGCUCCUCCUCUGACAUGUCACUUGUUUCAUUGCCUUUUGGGCCAGCCUUUGUAA